UUUGUGCAGCUCGCUGACUGAGAAAGCACGCUAAAGGUCUGCAUGAUGCCCCCCCAGACGGACAGACUGGCCUAUAACUCUCCCCCCAUUGUUUGCAGCACUUUGAGUCUCCAAUACGCUGUUGCCCUUCUUCUCCUGACACACUCUCGUCAAGGUCAGUCUCAGGCGAUUGGUCAACCUCAGCCAAUAGUGGCAUUGGUUGGCAAUGACAUCACUUUGCCGUGCCAUGUGAAACCGGCCACGGAUGCUGUUAACCAGAUGGUGGAGUGGUCAAGACUGGACCUGAACCCCAGAUUUGUCCAUGUGAGACGCUCCGGGGACGACCGACUGGUUGACCAGAAUCCGUCCUACAUGGGAAGAACAUGGUUGUCCAUCAACGGACUGAGACAGGGAGAUGCUUCGCUGACGCUCUCCAGACUGGAGCUCUCUGAUGAAGGAACGUACAGAUGCUUCAUUCCAGGCUUGACAACAGAAUCCAGUGUUCAGCUUGUUGUUGUAUCGUCUCCUGUCAUCAAGAUAACCGAACUCGGCAGCGGCGUGCUGCAGUGUGAGUCUGGAGGCUGGUACCCAGAGCCUGAGGUGUCGUGGCUGGACGCUGAGGGAAACCUCCUCUCUGCUGGACCUACAGAGACCAUCAGAGGUCCUGAUGAUCUCUACACUGUCAGCAGCAGAGUGACUGUGGAGAAGAGACCCAGCAACAGAUUCACCUGUAGAGUCCAGCAGAAGGACACCAACCAGACCAGAGAGACACGCAUUUAUGUUCAAGAUGAUUUCUUCACGGAUCUAUCUGGUUCUGGUUCUGGUUCUUCUAUCAUCAUUGGGUUGGUUGGUGGUGUCCUGUUGAUUCUCGCGGUUGCCCUUGUUGUGUGGAAAUGGAGAGCAAACAAAACCAAGACCAGGAAGCAGCAGGAGGACGAAGAAACACCGCGAGGAGGAGAGAACUCUACAAGUAAUGAUUCAGAACAGAAGUGUCUGAUAGAAAGAGAAUCAGAAGAUAGAGAAACAGUUAAUAAUCAGAACAAGAAAGAGGAAGAAAAUAACACUUCAUAUCAAACAGAAGAGGAAACUCACCAGGAGAAGACAGAAGGAGAGACUGGCAAUAUUCUCAACCAGAGACAGGAACUAUGUGCAAAUGCUAAAACAGAGGAAGAGAGAAAAUCAAUAACUGUAGAAACAGCAGCUCCAGGUCCAACUCAGAGUCUGAUGGAUGGACAUGGACAACAGCAGCAGGACACGGCAGCAGACGCAAAUAAUGAUAUUGGAAAGGAAGAAACAGAAGAGGACAUCAAAUCUGCUGAAGACAAAGCUUCAAGUCAGGGUCCAACUGACGACCAAACACAACACAACGAUCCAUCAGCAGGAGGAGGGAAGCAGAAUGAUUCUGAAUUGAUAACUGUAGCAGAGAGUGGACACAAAGUAAAGAAUGGAGACAGGAGAGAUGGAGGGGGGAACCCAACCUGUCUUCCUCCUGCUAAACCAGAUCGGCUCUUUAAAACCGAACCACAGACGGAUUUGAAUAAAAAAAAUGAAGACAACAAAACAGAAUCUACAGAUAACCAAGCAGCAGGUCCAACUGAGGGACAACCACCACACCAUGAUGGACCAGCUGUAGGAGGGACAAAUAAUACAUCAGACCAGACAGGAGGACCAUCAGGGAAGAGUGACGACACUCCAGUUCCAGCAGAGAGAAGAAGACAGAAAGGACAACAAGAGGAAGGAGGAAAGAGUCUGAUGGAAGGAGACGGACAACAACAGCUGAAAGUGGAGCAGGAGUUGAGUGAAAAUGUGAAUAAAGAGGUUUAA